UAUUCUCUCUUCUGCAUGUGAGCUAUCUUCUUCAGUUCAUCUUCUUCUUCAUCUCAUCUUCAUCUAUACACAAAUCACUUCAGAGAUGGGUUACUUCUUCAAGAUGAGAUGUGAGAAUUGUGGAAACAUGACUGGAGAGCAGUGUGCUUAUCUGAACGAGAUGUGCAAGCUUUGUUCCCGGGAAGGGUCUGUGAGGUUGAUUCCCGGUUCUGGCACUGCUUUUACAGCUUUACACGCUGAAAGGAAGGUUUGGGCACGUCUAAUGGUGUUUGAGUGUCAUGGACUUGUUCCCGAAGAAUAUAACUUCAAUGGAGGCUGGAUGAUUGAAACUGAUGAUGAUCCGCCUCGGCUUGUUGGUGCUAACUUUGUCAAUUGGAAAUUUUGUGGGAUCUGCUGAAGAAUUUGGUAGCUGUAUUACUUCUGUGACAAAGAUUGAAGGAAGGUUCGUGCAGAUGAAGGAUAAGUAGAUUUUUGUAAUUUUAGUUUUUAAUGAGCACUAUUUUAGUUAUUUUUAUAAUUGUAAUAGUAUUAUUGCUGUUUUAGUAGAUUUGCUGGUAAUGUGUUAAAGUGGAACAACACAUAAA